ACAGCAGCUGUUGUGAACGAAAAGCCAACUCAGCUAAUGUGAAGAAAUUUUUUUAUACACAAAAAAUUUCGCACACACAAAACCACAGCUGCGAUUUAUUAAAAUUUAAUUGUUAAAUAGUGCGCGAAAAACAAUGCAAAAUGCGGCCAACAAAAGCGAACGCCCAAACCAAAACGCUGCGGAGUGAUAGUGCCAUUUCAUCAUCAUCAUCAUGCUUGACCAUAACACUUUUAGUACUUUCCCUUUUAUCAUGUCUUCCAACAACGACGUGGGCUGCUUUGUCCGACAAAAGACUGUGCGCUGACGAAAAAUGUGAACAGAUCAUCUCGAUGGGUAGCGCCAAAAUCAAUUAUGCAUCCGGUGAGGCGGGCAUGAUAUCAUUUAAAAUCCAUUCACCGGUACGCAUCCUUUCCAAAAGUGCGGGUAGCAAUCCCAAAUUAUGGGGUGUGGAGGUCAAUGGAAGGCGUGGCUAUGCCAACAAAGAUUUCAUUAUGGAAAAGAAGAUCUUCGUUAGCGAAAAGGAUCUCAAGUACGAAUUGCCAGUGGCGGGUGCGUUGCCAGCAGCCAAAGUGAAUAAUCCCGAACAGGCUGAACAAAAGAAAUUGGAGGCGGUAGAGCAAGUGCAGCCACCAGUGCUGAAUGCUUCCGAAGGCGCAGAUGAUCUUGCCACGACGACAACGUCACCACUGGACGCAUUGAAGCUGUCAUUGCUCACCGAACAAACGGAUCAAUCGGGCAGCAAUGAGGCAACAGCCUCAACACCAAUAACGCCAGUUCAGCCCAAUAUUCAGCUGGUUGAUGGCACCGAACUGCCGCUGGAAGUAUUGCCGGCUACCACGGAAGCGAGUGCGAAUCUCACCGAGCCAGCAAAGCAAGCUGUAAAAAUCGAUGAAUUGCCAACGACCACAAUUAGCAGCGAUGAAGAGUUUGAUUACGAAGAAGAUGACAGUGAUGUCUACGAAGAAGCCGACAACAACGACGACGACGCGGAUGCGACACUCGAUAGCAAAGAUAACGACAUACCAAACGAUCGACAAGCUGAUAACAAAGCAGCAGCAGCUGCGAAAAUCGAGGCCAGCAUCUUAUCUAGUCAGGCAGCAGAAAAAAUUCAAAAUUUGUCGAUUGAAGCAGAGGCAAAGCAUGCAGCCUCUGUGGAGACGCCAACACCAAUAGCAGCUGCGCCAGAAGCAGCUGCUGCAGCACCGUCUGUGUCUGGAUUGGAGCAGCAGGCACAGUUGAAGAAAGACGAAGAAAAGAUUGUUCAAUCUGCUGCAGAACCAGCAAAGGAGCUGCCAAUUGUUAAAGCAGAAGUUGAGGAACCUAAGGUGCAAAUUGAGGAGCUGUCCGCUGUGAAUGCAAUCAAAGAUGAGCAGCCCAAAGAGCCAGCUCAAGAUAUGCCUGCUGUAAAAGAUGCCGCUGAUCAGCAACUUAAAAAGGCAGUUGAUGAUCAACCUACAAUUCAAGCUGCAGCUCAGCCAGCAAUUGAAACUCCUGUUCAACCUGCAGUUGAUACAGCAACUCAGUCUGCAACUCCUGCUCAACUUGCCAUUGAAAUUCCUACUAAACCUGCCGUUGAACCUGCUGCUCAACCUGCAAUUGAAGCAGCUGUUCAACAGGAAGCUUCCCAAAACGCAGCCAAACAGACAACGGAUGAAAUCGAUAGUUUUGAAGCAAUUGCCGCGCUGCACUUGCAGGAUACACCUCCAGCAGCUCAAGUGAAUGAAGUGGUAAGCAAAGAGCCGGUGCAAGUUGCUGAUGAGAAGCCGCAGGUUGAAGCUACGCCUGUUCCUGAAGCGCUUCAAGUAGAGAACAAUGCCUCAGUGGAAGCUUCAGCUGAGCAAGCACAGCCGGAUAUUGCAGCUCAAGCAGAGGCACAGAAAGCAGAGGAACAGUUGAAGGUGGAGACAACAACAGAGACAGCUAAGGAGGAGAAGCCUGCAGCAGAUUUGCCCGUGGAAACAAAAGUUCUCGAAGAUCUGCCAGUUGAAGCACAGCCAGUGGUAACUGAAACAGUUGAAGUGCAGCCUGUAGAGGAAAAACCUGUUCCCGUUCAACCCAUCGAACAGCAGCCUAAGCUUGUAAAACCCAUCGAAGAGCAGCCCGUACUUGUCCAACCAGUCGAGCAGCAACCUAUCCUUGCACAACCCAUUGAAGAGCAGCCCAUUCCUGUCGAGCAGCAACCUAUUCUUCCACAGCCUCUCGAAACUCAACCACAGACUGAUCCCGUUCCAGUUCCUGUUGAACCUCAACCAAUUGAGUCCCAGCCAGCUGUAGAGCAGCCACCUUCAAGCUUGCCACCACUGUUCAACAAAGAAAACUUUAACGAUCCCAAUGAGUACUACAAACAGCUGCAAGAGCAGCAUCUGGAGCAGGCCUAUAAACGCCUGGAGAAGCCGCGGACAACACCAACGCCUGCCUCCCACGAUGCCUAUGAAGCAGUGUACGAGCAGGAAGCAACGCCAGCUCCUGUUGUUGUCGUUGAAGAGGUUCUGGCAACGGGUAGCGUGGAGCCUAUUGGACAGCAACCAGUUGUCAGCAAGGAAGAAGCUGGUCCCGGACUAUUUACUACCAUCAUGGAUACGGUGAACUCAUUCAUAAGCAAUCAAGGGCAAAAGGAACCAGAAACUGCGCCACUAACAGACAAUGAUGAGCUGCAUCGUUUGCUCUAUCCUGAUCGACCUCUGGCAGGAGCAAUUGAAACUCCACCGCAGGAGGAAGGCUAUUGUAAGCGUCCCUUGCCGGGCAAUUGUCAUGCCUCGAUUAACCUGGACAAUUUUGCUGAAAUCUUUGCCGCCAAGGUUGUGGAUCACAGUGUUUUGUUGCUCUGUGUAGGCAUUGCAGCGGCCUCCUCGUUGUGCUUCAUUAGCUUCUAUUAUUGCUGCUGUAAUGGCAGCCAAGAGGGCGCUUUGCUUGCCAAGCUCAAUCAUUUGGAGCGCAGUCUGCUGGCCUCACAUAAGGAGAACUUGAUACUGAAGCAUGAUCUGAUGACAACGCGCACCAAACUGUCGAGCAUUGAGGACAACUCGUUUGGCUCCAAUGACAUGGUGGCGGCAUUGAAAAAGCAGCUGGAAACCGAGCUCUACGAAAAGGCCAAGCUGCAGGAGCAAGUGACAUCGCUAGAAAAGGACUUGGAUAAUGCUGCUGAAGCCGGCUUGGAACUGAAUAAAAUGCUGUCCGAGGUGUUGAACGGACAAAAUGGUGAUGAGGCCUUUAUGAACACUGUGGAAGAGCUGCAGCGACAGCUCAACGAUCAGGAAAAAAUCAUCAUCGAGAUCAACGGCAGUCUGGCGGAUAAGAGUCGCGAGAACAGCGAACUGCAAUACACGUAUACAGAGUCAACGACACGUUUAACAAGCGAAAUGAAAUCACUGCAGCAAGACAACUAUGAACUGGAAAUGGAAAAAGCGAAAUUGCAAACACGCCUCGAGGAAAUGCAAGCGGAAACUGAACAAGAAUUGGCCAAGGCGCUUGAGGCACGCAACUAUGAGAUGCAACGACUGCAGCAUCAGAUCAUGGAGUCCAAUGCCAAGCUGGACAAGGAGCACAGUGAACUGCAAACGAGUCUGGCCAAGAUCGAAUCGCUCGAGGAGUGCCUGAAGCUGCUCAAACAGCAGGAUGGCAACCUCAAUGUGAAGGAGCUGAUCAAGUCGGCCAAGACACGGGGUGAACUGCAUGCGACACAGCAAAAGUUUGUGGCACUCCAGACAAAGCUGGAGCAAGAGCAAGCGGCCAAGACGCGACUGGAGAGUCAGCUGCAGGCCUCAAGUGCCGAUGUGGAGCAGCUGAAGCAGGACUUUAAUCAAUCGGAGCGAGAUAAGCUCGAGGCGCAAACGCGCCUAGAAGUGCUCUCUGGCUACUUUAGGGAGAAGGAAACGGAGCUGCAAAAGGAGCUGAGUCUGCAGGAGGCAAAGUGGCUGCAGCAUCAAGGCGAGAAUGCCAGCACUGUGGAGACGCAAACGCUGAUGAAGAACGAAAUUCAGACGCUAAAAUCUCAAAAUGAUGAGCUGCGCGCCGAGAUCGAGGCGCAGAUUGCCUCCCACAAGGCGCAGAUGGGCACGCUGGAGAAUCGCGCCCAUGAAUCGUGGCUGGCUGCCCGGCAAUCCGAGCGCCGAUGCGAGGAGGCGCAAGCCGAGGCCGCCGGUCUGCGACGCAAGCUGACCACGAUGGCCAGCGGAGGCGCUGCCGGCGAUAUGUCAUCGCUGGAACAGCUGCCGGCGAGUGCAAAUGGCAGCAUGUUGGCCACGGAGCUGAACAACAAUCCGUCGCCAUUGCCGUUGCCGCUGCCGGUUUCGGUGUCGCCGGGCCUGAUAAACAUGCCCAAUCCACUGCCAUUCCUGCCGCCACCCUUCUCGCUCAUGGGUCUGCCGCCACCGUUUAUGCCACCCGCCGGAGGCGCAGGAGGUGCCCGAUUGCCACCCCUGGGACGCAUGCGUUCGCCACCACCAGCGUCGUCGUCACGCGGCGGCGAUCGCUACGACGAUCGUGAUGAUCGCGACGAUUACAGCGACUACGAUGAUUACGAUGAUGAGGAGGAGGACGAGCGUUUGAUGGAUCGUCGCAGGCGGCACAGCGGUAGCUGGGGACGAGGCGGCGGGGGAGGACAUCGCGAUGAUUACAUGCAUUCGCCGCGCACGUAUCGCUCGUUGUCGCCAUCCGACAGUCGCUACAACUACAACGAUACGGAAACGGACUUUAGUCCACCGCCGAGUCCGUUGCCGCCAGCGCCACGCAAGAGUUCGCGACCCCUCAACGAAGUAUGAAGUAUGAAAUGUUGCGGCCACCAAUGUACUUUGUACUCUUAGUAGUCGAGUGUGCAGCAAACAACUCAAACAAACUAGUUCAAAUCUAUGUAUGUGUAUAUUUAUUAAUGAUCAUCAUCGGGUUCACAUAGCUGACAAACUGAAACUGAAAUGAGAAAAAUACAAAAAGAAAACUCCACAGCGAACUCCAAAACUCCACAGCAACCACACCUAGUUGAGGCAUCAUUAUUAGUGUAAAA